AUGCAGAGAGAGAAGCUCUGCAGAGCGCCGCCUACCCCGAGGUAGACUUUCUGCCAGAAGCACGGCCUGAUGUUCGAGGUUGUUGAUCUGAGGUGGGGUGUUCGCAGUGCCGAGGCCACUGAACACAUGACCACGGAACUCUGCUUGGAGGAGCUGGACCGGUGUCGGAAAACAUCCAUAGGGCCGGCUUUUGUUGCCCUCAUGGGGAACCAGUACGGGCCCUGUCCGGUCCCCGCGCUCAUCGAGGAGAAGGAGUGGGAGGCGCUGCAGGCUCAGCUGGCCGCCAGGCCCGGCGACCUGGAGCUGGUGGCCCAACGCUUCCGGAGGGACGAGAACGCCGUGCCCCCUGCCUACGUGCUGCAGGCGCCGGGCGCCAGGGAGGCCAGUGAGCCCGAGGAUGCCCUGGCCUCGGUGCUGUGCUCCGGAGCCCGGGACGCACGGAGGCUGGGCCUCCUCACGCAGGAGCAGUGGCACCGCUACUCCCGCUCAGUCAUUGAGUGGGAGAUAGAACGAGGCCUGCUGAGCUCGGCAGACGGGGACCAGGGCGCCACCGUCUUCCUGAGAGAGAUCCCAGACCUCGACAAACACAUCCUGGAGGAGUGUGCCCUCAAGAUGGUGGACCGGCUCGCAGAUGGCUGCCUGGACACAGAUGCCCAGAACCUCCUCAGCAGCCUCAAGGGGCGCAUCGCCGACACGCAGCCCGGAGUCCUCAAGGCCCACCACCUGCCCUGGAGCCGUGACCUGGUGAACCCCCAGAACAAGGCUCAUGCCCGGUACCUGAAGGAGCUGGGCGAGCAGUUUGUGGCCCGGGCUAACCACCAGGUCCUGGAACGCCUCCGGGAGCUGGAGGCGGGCAGGCAGGAGCUGGCAUGGCUCCACCAGGAGGUCCGCCACCACCUGGGGCUGAGCACCGAGGCCACCCGCGCCUUCUGCGGGCGCCAGGAGCUCCUGACGCAGCUGGGACAGCACCUGCGGGAGAGCGACAGCCACCCACACACGGCCCUGGUGCUUUUUGGGGCCCCGGGCAUUGGAAAGACGGCUCUGAUGUGCCAGCUGGGCCAGCAAAUGCCAGGGCUGCUUGGCCGCAAGACAGUGACCGUCCUGCGGCUGCUGGGGACCUCGCAGAUGAGCUCCGACGCCCAUGGCCUGCUCCAGAGCGUCUGCUUCCAGGUGUGCCUGGCCUACGGGCUGCCCCUGCCCCCUGCCCAGGUCCUGGAGGCCCAUGCCAGGCUGGUCCAGUUUUUCCACAUCCUCCUCCACACCGUCUCCAGCCGAAACUUCGAGUCCCUCGUGAUCCUGCUGGAUUCCGUGGAUGAUGUGGACUCCGUCCACCGUGCUCGGAGGGUCCCCUGGCUGCCUCCUAACUGCCCCCCGAGGGUCCACCUCAUCCUUUCGGCCUGCUUGGGGCAGCAGGGGGCUCUAGAGACCGUGCAGCAGACGCUCACAGACCCAGGGGCCUACUGGGAGGUCAGACCCCUCUCGGGAAAUCAGGGGCAAGAGAUGCUCCAGCUGCUGAUGGCGGCCUCGAGGAGGACCCUGAGCGCGGGACAGACGGAGCUGCUGUGGGCCAGCCUCCCAGAGUGCGGGCACCCAGGGCGGCUGAGGCUGGCCUUCGAGGAGGCCCGGAGCUGGGCCUCCUUCACCGUGCCCGCCCCUCUGGCCCCCACGGCCGGGGAAGCCAUGCAGCAGCUGUGCGCCCGCCUGGAGCAGACGCAUGGGCAGCUCCUGGUGGCCCAUGUCCUGGGCUACAUCGUGUCUUCCAGGCACGGGCUCUCGGAGGCAGAGCUGAAGGACGUCCUGUCCUUGGAUGACGAGGUCCUGCAGGCCGUGUACUGGGACUGGACCCCACCCAGCAAGGAGCUGCUGCGUUUCCCACCCCUGCUCUGGGUGAGGCUUCGUCGAGAUCUGGGUAACUGCUUGGCCAGGCGGCCAGUGGAUGGCUUCACGCUCCUGGCCAUCGCCCAUAGACAGCUGGCCGAGGUGGUCCGAGAGCGCUACCUGUCCGGGCCCGAGAGAGCCAGGAGACACGGAGUCUUGGCGGACUUCUUCUCGGGGGCCUGGAGUCAGGGCACCAAGAAACUCAUCACCCUGCCGCUCGUGGGGAAACCCUUGAACCUGGACCGCAAGGCGGCCCCUCAGCCCCUGUGGUUCUCGGACACGAUUGCGAACCUGCGGAAGCUGAAGGAGUUACCGCAUCACCUGCUCCACGCAGGCCGCCUGGAGGAGCUGCAGCGGGAGGUGCUGGGCAGCAUGAACUGGAUCACCUGCAGAGCCGUCUCGGGGGGCAUCGAGGCUCUGCUGGACGACUUUGACAUGUGCGCCCCUCACCUGGACUGUCCCGAGCUGGGCCUGGUCCGGGAGGCCCUGCAGCUGUGCCGCCCGGCCCUGGAGCUCCGAGGCCUGGAGAAAAGCAUCCUGUAUACAGAACUCCUGGCCAGACUCCAUUUCUUUGCUGCCUCGCAUCCCGUACUCGUGGGACAGCUGUGCCAACAGGCCCAGAGCUGGUUCCGGGCGUGCCCACACCCUGUGCUGGUGCCCCUCCGGGGAUUCCUCCAGCCCCCAGGAGGACCCCUCCGGGCGACCCUCACUGGCUGUCACAAAGGCAUCACCGCCUUGGCGUGGAGCCCGGAAGAGAAGCUGCUGGUGGUCGGCACCCAGGAUGGCAUCGUGGCUGUGUGGGACAUGGAGGAACAGCAGGUGAUCCACUUCCUACCUGGACACAGAGGAGAGGUGAGGUGCCUGAAAGUGUUGGCCAAAGGGACGUGCGCCAUCUCCGCCUCGAAGGACCACACGCUGCGCUUGUGGAAUUUACUCUCCGGCCGGGAGAAAUUCACCAUUUGGGACAGAGGCUCAAAAGAUCCCCCCGAACCUCAGAUCUGCAGCCUGCACGCGGAUGAGAUAAAGAAGCUUGUGUAUUUGGCGUCUGGCGCAAAGGUCAGUGCUUGGAAUCUGGAAACUGCAGAGCUGGUUUUCCGCAUCCUAGGAGAUGCCUCCGACCCCUGGAAGUGCACGGCGGCGCUGGCUCCCCAGGCCGUGCUGCUGGCGGUGUCUGAGGCUGGCCUGGUCAGUCUGUGGAGCUCAGCCACGGGAAGACUGCAGAGGAAGCAACGUUUGUCCAGCAUCAGAGAGGAGACGCCCACCUGUGGCGUCUUGGUCCAGAAACAGGGGAAGAUGGUGACUGGCUUUAGCCAGGGCUCCCUCUCUUUGGUUUCCUCCGAAGGAGACGUUCUGCUGGAGAAGCUUCCGGAAGCUGUGGGGUUCCUGGUGGUCUCUGAAGAUGAGUCCCUUCUCGCAGCAGGCUUUGGAAGCUCCGUGCGAAUAUUCUUGGCUGACUCACAGGGGUUUCAUCGAUUCAUGGCCACCGACCUUGAACAUGAGGACACAGUGGAGACAGCCAUUUUUGGUCCUGAGAACAAUCUCAUUGUCACUGGGUCCCGGGACGCACUCAUUCAGGUGUGGAGUCUGUCAGAGCAGGGGACCCUGCUGGACAUCCUGGAAGGCGUCGGAGCCCCUGUGAGCCUGCUGGCCCGGGCUGGGGCCUUGGUGGCAUCUGCUUCCCAGCAGUCCUCAUCUUUUAAAGUCUGGGAUCUCAGCUACGCUCAGAAGCCACGGGCCUCUGCGCCGUUCCUGGACCGCACCGGCCUCACCGCGGUGUCACACGAUGGCGGCUACGUUUACUUCCCCAAGAUUGGGGACAAAAACAAAGUCACCGUUUGGGAUGUGGCAGAAGGUGAGGAACGAGAGGCCCUGGACACCUCCAAUGAGGUCAGGUGCCUGGAGGUCGCCGAGCAAGCCAAGCUUCUCUUCACCGGCCUCGUUUCCGGGGUCGUCCUGGUGUUCCCCCUGAAUUCCAGACAGGACGUGAUGUGCAUCCCCCCUCCGGAGGCCGGGAAAGCCAUCAACUACAUGGCCCUGAGUAAGGAUGAGGAGCGCCUGGCCGUCGCCUACGACAGCCUGGUCUUGGUGCUGGACAUCAGCCCCGGGGACCCCUGUCCGGUCAUCGGCGGGCCAACCUACACCUUCUACACCCAGCUGCCUGAGACCAUAGCCAGUGUGGCCGUGCUGGCCGACUACCGCGUGCUCUACGGCAUGACCAACGGCGGCCUCUUCCUUUACGAGUGUGCAACUUCCAAAGUGUUCCCUCUGGAGGCGCAUGGGAGCCGGGUCGCCUGCGUGGAGGUCAGCCACAAGGGGCAGCUGGCAGUCAGCGGGUGCGAGGAAGCGCUGCUGUGUCUCUGGGACCUGCAGGCCUGCAAGGGGAAGUUCGAGAUGAGCUACACGAAUUCUUACUGCCAAGGCGUCCAGUGUGCCUGCUUCUCCAAGGAUGACAAGUAUGUGUUUGUCGGCUUGAAGGAUCGCUCCGUGAUUGUCUGGAGUGUGCUGGAUGGCGCUCUCCUGGCUGUCCAGUUUGUCCAUGCCGUGGUGAACAGAAUCAUCCCCACUUCCGAUGGCUUCAUUGCCCCUGCCAGACACGGCUAUCUCAUCCGUGAGCGGUUCCAGUGCCCUUCCUCAAGGGCCUCGCAGCAGGACCCUCUCAGGAACUUCAAGAAGGCCGUGUGGAUGGUCAAAUCCAGGCAGAGAGGAGAGCUGGCUGCUGCUGCAGGAGCGCUCCAGGACUCGGGAUCAGGGAGUGCGCAGGGAAACCAGUCCAAAUCAAACAAACGCUCACAAGUCUGCCUGAUAGUGUAGAAACCCCGCAGGGCACGGGUCUCUGGUGAGUUAGCCUGUCCCAUCUGGCUGAGGCGGACAGUGUCCGUGCUGAUAUGCAUAUCUGGACCCAAGGGCUCCGAUUCUGUGACCCAGACCCUGCUUCUCACCAUCUUUCUAUUCCUCUCUCCUCCUUGUGGGCUCCAUUCACAGACCUGCCACCCCCUGGUUAGCAACUUGGUGGCCAAUAUGCUGCCAUCUCCAAGAUCAGUAGAAAAGAGAGCUUCCUUUCCCAACAGUUUGAACCAAAGUCCUGGCCGCAAAUCUAUUGGCCCCACUUGGCUCACACACCCAUCCCAGAACCAAAUGCAAUGCCAUGGUUCUCUGGGAGAAUGCAGUGAGCUGAUUGGCUGGCCUGACUCAGUGCCCACCAGGGCUGAGGAUGAAGUCAAUACCACCCAACUAUGUGGACUGAGAAGGGGCCAGCGAGGGGCUCUGUCUUGGGUGGGCAUGGGCGCCCGGACCCUACCCCAGAAUUGCCGUGGGGAAGGCAGCCCACUGGUGCCGGUGCCUUCCUGUCGUAAGCAAAGCCAGGAUUCCAGACUUUUAUGCAAAAUGUUCCCAUUUUUAAAACUUGGCGAUUGGCCCGAAUUUACAUCCCCAGGCACGUUUGGCCUGUGCGUCUCUAGUUCGCGAGCUGACUUCGCGACCCAAGCUGGCAUUAGAACAAUAAACCUAUUGUAGUUCUUUAUCCAUCCUCCCUGGCUCCCAGGCUUUGUGUUUAAAGAUGCUUUUUUGUCUUAAAAACUGGAGGCUCUUGGAAGCAGAUGGAAAGAGCUGGCAGCAUCUCACGGCCGUGCUUUUGGACCGUCUCUGUCUUGAGCAAGUUCCACAGUCAAACGGUUUCCACUCCACUGGAGCGGGUCUUUCUCCUUCGCCCGCAGCUUUCUCAAAGCGACACUUGCUUCUGGUGCUUCUGCUCUAGGAUGGGAGAACCUAAACCUUCAGGGUGCUAUUCUUUUUUCCUUUCACUGGAUUUGGAGUUUCAGAAAAGGUAACCUUUCAACCAGGAGCUCUUGAGCUGGAUGCGACACUGUGGACCAGCUCACUCAGUCGUUUCCCAAACCAGGGUUCCAAGGACGGCUUCGGCAGUUCUGCAAAUGUUAGCAUCAAAUCACACUUUUAAAAAAUACUUUAAAUUGUAAUUUUAAAAUGUGUGCUCAGGUGCGUCGGGUAGCAGGUUUUAAGGUGUUGGCAGUCACUAACUUAGGAUUCUCCUGCCAUCUGCAUCUAACUUAGAUUGCGAGGGAGCCCUGAAGAGAGAGCUGCUCCUUGCCACACUCCUCUGCGGAUCAGGAUUUCGCCCAGCACAGAAAUAAAGGGGAUGUUGUGACAGAGUGAGAUCUUAGCUACAACUUCUGGUUGAAAAUGUAUGUGUCCAUCUCAACAGCCUCAGGGAGAAUCAAAUGCUUUGUGUGUAAAUACUAAUUUGAAUAUAGGAAAAGAAUUUUUACUAAUAAA